CUCAUGGCCAGCUGCACGCCUUUGUUCUGUCCCGCCUCGAAAUUUUCACAUAUAUAUUUGAUCCACGACGCUCACUCGUUUCUUUCCAUCCUCCAGCCUCGGCACUGCGUGCUGUCCACUCUCUUCAGCUUACCUUUUCUCUCCCUUAUAAUCGCCCCGGGCGCAAAACCUACACGUUUACACAACACCUACACGCUUUAACUCGAUCAUCAUGCGCUUCUCGUUCAUCCCUGCCGUCCUUACACUCGUUUCUACCGUUGCUGCUCAGACGAUCACCGAUGUUUGGCAAACGACCUGGGACAAAGCACAGCUUCUCUCCAACCCAGGAGGUAACACCGUCACCUUCGGUGCACCCGGUGAUAUCGGCAGCGCCGAUAUCGUUGUUAAUGACACAUCCACGCAGCAGACCAUGGCUGGCUUUGGUUCUUCUUUGACCGACUCUUCAGCCCAACUUUUUGCUGGUCUCAAGAGUCAGAAUGAAGGCAACUACUGGAAGCUCCUCGAUUACCUGUUCAACACGACCAAUGGUGCCAACUCCGCUGGUUUCUCGUACGUUCGCGUGCCUCUUGGCGCAUCGGACUUCUCUGCCAACGUGUACAGUUUUGACAACAGCGGUGGACCCUCCCUCGGUAGCACCAUCACGGAACUCUUGAGCACUUUCAAUUUCGAGGCUGCUCCUUCCGAUCUGCUCUCUACGCUCCAGGACAUCAUGUCUGUUAACAGUGACGUCCGUUUACACGUCCUGCCUUGGUCCCCGCCCGCAUGGAUGAAGGACUCCAACUCUAUGAAUGGUGGUAGCCUCAAUGAUCAGUAUACCGAUGCUAUGGCCAGUUACCUUUUGAAGUCCUUGCAGGGCUUCAAGAAUGCCGGCCUUCCUGUUUAUGCGAUGAGCAUCCAGAACGAGCCCAUGAACAGCGAUGGCACCUACCCCACUUGUAACAUGCCCGUGGAGACUGAGGCCGCCAUCGGCAAGUCUCUCCGCUCCCUCAUGGACUCGAACGGUUUCAAUGACACGAAGCUCAUCGGCUUCGAGCACAACUGGUCUAACGCCGGCGACUACCCUGUCCAGCUCAUGCAGCAGGCUGGCGACGCCUUCGAUGGCGUCUCCUUCCACUGCUACGAGGGCGAUGUCAGCAACCAGGAGCAGUUCACUUCCCAAUUCCCCGACAAGGAGGUCUACUUCACCGAAUGCUCCGGUACGCUCGGCUCAGACUGGUGGACCGACAUCAAGUGGUACAUGGACAACCUGUUCAUUGGUGGUCCGCAGUACGGCUCCUCCAGCGGCCUUAUGUGGAACCUCGCCCUCGACUCCAACGGCGGUCCCAAGCUCCCCGGCACCGACUCGUGUGGCGGCGCCGGCUGCCGCGGUGUCGUGCAGAUCAACGACGACGGCUCGUGGGACGUGAAUCAGGAGUUCUACGCGCUCGGCCAGGCCGCCAAGGCCGUGAUCCCCGUCGACCCCAACGGGCCGUACGCACAGCGUGUCGACUCGUCCGUCGGCGGCGACUCGGGCUGGGCACUGCUCGUCAGCGCAUACGCGACGGGCCGCGCGACCGCCGGCGAUCAGACGCGCUACUCGCUUGUCGUGACGAACUGGAACGAUGGCUCGGACAGCGGCUGGAAUCCACAGAGCGUCAAUGCGACGAUCGAGUUCCGUGGCAAGCAGGCCACGUAUACGUUCCCUGUGGGCGUGACCACGCUUUCGUGGUACGCUGACGGCAACUAGAGGUACUCUCCUCUUUGCUACGCAUGACUGAGGUGCUUGUGGUACGACGCCUCCUCCUCACCCCUACACCACCAUUACGCCUCCUCCCCCCCAUCCUCGACCUCCGACUCAUUCUCACGGCUCUUCCGACAUUUAUAUCUGUAUUUACGUUUCUCUGGUUUUCGGUGUUGUAUCAUUUCACGGGAGGUACUGCGUACCUCAUCACCCUUGUCCACCAGCGGAUGUGCCCAAGUGGCCACCACCGGGUGGGAGGGUCCACUAUCAUCGUAUUUACGAAACACGGUUCGGCUUAUGGAUCUGGAUCCCCUUCACCCCGUAGAUCACGCCAGUUGCGCUUGCGCUCAUGGCGUUCGCUCGUUUGUAUCAUUCGCUUUCGUUGUUGUUUUUUUGCAUCUCGCUGUCUGGAAGGAUCACACGCACACGUUUAUACGCUCAUACGCUAUACAUUGCUUGGUCUUUGUUUAACGUUUUCUGGGAAUGUAUUUACUGGGUAGAUACUGUACAUUAAUGGGUUGGUUUAUAGAAUGGAGCUUGUCUUCUUUUAAA